AUGUUUCAGGAUGCCUUUCGUUAUGAUUUCAGACAUCCCGAUUCUGUGAUCAUUUCGGCGUACGAAACCAUGGGUACAAAAACGUUUGUCGAAACGGAGGAUGGACACUGGGAACAGACCAGUCCUCCAGCUUUGAUGGUACCCCAAUACUCAGCAACAGAUGCUCUCCCGACAGAGAACCGCUACGACCACAUCCCGCUCGCUGCUGACAACGAGCAUUUGAUCAAAUUCAGUAAUGGAUAUAACAGUACUGAUCCCGGUAUUGUCCGGGCAAGAAUAGAUAAUCUCGUUCAGGAAGCCCCUGAGGUGAUUCGUAAACGUUUUAGUGUACUGGAGAAAGAACGUAUGUAG